AUGACUCUUCCAUUCUCAAAGUGGGAGAAGCUCAAGCUAGCUCUGCGUCUAUCAUAUGCCGCUCCCCUCACUCUCACUUAUAUAUUACGAUCUAUCCUUAUUACAAGGCGCAGAGGUCUCCCAUCACGCUUAUUCAUCGUUUGCGCCGUUCUAAAAGUAGCUCUCGGGUUCUCGCCUCGGCAGCUUCAAUACUUGUCUUUACCAACUCACGAGACAUACAAAAAAUGGAUACAACAGCAAAUUAAGGAAGCGAAGAAGCUCGAACAGAAACACGUCGCAAGACUUGUAUAUGAUCGAGAGGGUCUGGAGGAUGGGAAGUCGUCGCUGCUUUGGAUAGGCAAUCGGAAGCAGGCAAAGAAGGUUGUCCUGUUCUUUCAUGGCGGUGGCUAUGCGGCCUCAAUAACAACGGGACAUUUGGACUGGUGCUGGCGAGCAUUUGUCUUUGCAGGAAUUGAAAAGGGUGUUGAGGUCGCAGUGGCUGUUCUUGAGUACACCUUGAUUCCUGAAGCGAGAUACCCAGUGCAACUUCGUCAAGCAGCCAGCGGACUGGCUCAUCUUCUACAAAAGGGUAUUCCACCUCAGGACAUUAUAAUUGGAGGAGAUUCUGCCGGCGGACAACUGACAGCCCAGUUACUCUGUCACCUCCUUCAGCCCCAACCAACAAUCCCGGAGAUCACACUAGUCAAACCUCUCGCUGGUGCGUUUCUGGUUUCUCCAUGGGUAGCACAGUCCACCGGCGAUGCUUCAUACAGAGAGAAUUCAGCAAUCGAUAUGCUUCCAGUACAUGGUAUCGUAGCAUUUACUAAGGAACUGCUAGGACCUGAAGCCGAACCCGCCAUCUCAGCAUUUCCACUGGACAGGGAUAAGUCCAGUCUGGCCGGAAUGACAUCUGUCUUAAGCCGGAUGUACGUCACUGCUGGAGCACAUGAGAUCUUUCGAGACCAGGUGGUUGCUUUCAAGGAUAGAGUACAGCUUUUGAACCCCGACCUCAAGUUGCAGUUUCAGUACUAUAAGAAUUGUGCGCAUGACUUUAUAGUAAUCGAGAAAGAAGAUGGAGAGUGUACUCAGGAUAUGAAGCAGUGGAUGGUUGAUUUACUGGAUACGGAGUAG